UUUUGUUAAAAAUACAAAAUGUAUCCUCGCACAUAAUCUGAUGUCUACAGUUUGUGUGUGGAGCAACUUUUUUCUCAGUAAUGUGUGUUGUUUUCCUUUGCAAUGGUAUUAUUGGGGGCUAAAUGAGUGUAGUAGUGAUGAAGACUCCUAGGAACGAAUUUUACGUAAAAAAGACAAAGAACUAGAAAUAUUAAUACUGGAAAUAUUUUUAGGCUUGUUCUGUGAUAUUUCAAAAUGGACUCACUGAUCAAGAGAAGAUGUCGAAAGGUUCCACAAUGCAUACGAGAAAUGCUUGCAGAGUUAAUGGGAACUCUCAUUCUCAUCAUGUUCGGUGUGGGUAGUGUCGCACAAUUUGUUUUAGGGAAAAGCAAGUUCGGAGGAUUUAUUUCUGUCAAUUUUGGUUGGGCACUUGGUGUGACAUUUGGGAUACACUGGUCGUUAGGAGUAUCAGGUGGGCAUAUAAAUCCAGCUGUUACAUUAGCUAUGGCGGUUUCAGGUAGAUUGCCAUGGAGAAAAGUCCCAUUUUACUGGGCUGGUCAAACCUUGGGUGCGUUGAUUGCUUCAGCAAUUUGUUAUGGUUUAUAUCACGAUUUGAUCGAGGCAUACGAAGGGAGCGAACGUAGCCUGAAAACAGCUGGUAUCUGGUCCACAUAUCCAACAGCAGGUGUCUCACAUUGGACAGCUUUUUUUGAUCAGGUCGUCGGUACAGCUUUACUUGUAGGUACAGUGUUUGCAUUGAUAGACAAAAAGAAUGAAAGCCCCAAUUCGCAGUUAUUUCCAUUUAUUGUUGGUCUCCUGGUGUUGGCUAUUGGAAUUUCUUUCGGAAUUAACUGUGGCUAUGGUAUAAACCCGGCAAGAGAUUUUAUGCCACGACUAUUUACAGCUAUUGCUGGAUGGAAGGAACUGCCGUUGAAAGCGAACGACUAUUGGUUUUGGAUUCCUAUUGUUGGUCAAUUCGUCGGCUCAAUUCUUGGUUAUCUAACAUACAUGUUUGCAGUUGAAUUGCACCACCCAGGGGAGAGAGACGUCAUGGUCACAUAUACUACACAAGAGAAAGAGAGAAAGAGCUCUAGCUUGUAGUGUUCAAAUUUGUGACUAAUUAUUUGGACUAUUUGUAGCUCUGUAGCUUUUUUAUGUACAUUUUAACUUCAACUGUAUUUUCCACUUUUUAAGAAGGGCACUUCUGAUCUUCUUUAACUCUUGUCCAAGAGUCACGGGCGGUCGCAAUCAAAUUCAUUAUAUAGGUACAAUACCCUCUG